AUGAGCAGUCCUCAGCCCUUGAAUGAGGAAAGAUAUGAUAUGACGGGUGACCGCCUGGCUCUGACACUGUGUGUCACCAAAGCCCGUGAGGGUUCUGAGGAAGACAUGGAUGCCCUGAGUCGCAUGUUCCAUCACCUAAAAUUUGAAAGCACCAUGAAGUCAGAUCCCACUGCUGAGCAAUUCCUGGAAGAGUUGGAAAAAUUUCAGGAGACCAUAGAUGAUAGGGAAGAGCCCGUCAGCUGUGCCUUCGUGGUGCUCAUGGCUCAUGGCGAGGAAGGCCUCCUCAAGGGAGAAGAUGAGAAGAUGGUGAGAUUGGAGGACCUUUUUGAUGUCUUGAACAACAAGAACUGCAAGGCCCUGAGAGGCAAGCCGAAAGUGUACAUCAUUCAGGCCUGCAGAGGAGAGCACAGAGACCCUGGUGAAGAAAUGGGUGGAGAGCAGGUUGCUGCCGUCAUGAAGAGCAAACCCCAAACCAUCCCAACCUAUACGGAUUCCCUCCACAUCUUCUCCACGGUAGAGGGUUACCUCUCCUAUAGACAUGACGAGAAAGGCUCUGCCUUCAUCCAGAUCCUGACAGAUGUGUUUACAAACAAAACAGGACCCAUCACAGUGCUGCUAGAAGAGGUAACCCGACGCAUGGCAGAGAUGGAGGUGAUUCAGGAAGGGAAACCAAGGAAAGUGAACCCUGAAAUCCAAAGCACCCUCCGGAAGGCUCUCUACCUGCAGUAA